AUGGCUGUUCCGUACAAGCUUCCAACAUCAACUUUCUUCACAGUCAACACCUUGGGCCUUGCCUUAGCACUCUGGGGGCUCAAGACCGAGCUCAAUAACCCAUUGCCUCCUCAACUACAAGAGGCUGGCCACUACCAGUUCUUGACAGAUUUGGCAUUGAUCGUCACGGUUCUGUCAAUAGUGUCAAACUAUCUGAUCAUGAUUCCAGAAAUCGGUGAGGAUUUCUUCACUGUUCAGUUGACAGCAAUUUUGAAUGCUACAGCACUGGUGUUUGAAUCUCUCAUCAGCUCCAUCUACUGGACGCUGAGAGCCAUUGACCCAACCCUUCUCUUCCCAGAUAACGAGGAAGAACGCAUCAUCCUGUCCACUGCUUUGGACCUGACUAUUCACCUGUUCCCGGUUCUGUUCCUCUCCUCUGAGUUCUUCUUGAACAGAUCAACACGGUUCCCACUGAAGUACCAAACUGUCAUUGCUGCCAUCUCCUUCUUCUUGAUUGUCUACUGGGUGAUCCUGGAAUCUGUCGUCAAAGACCCAUACCCUUACCCUUAUGAGUUUCUCAACGUUGAUCCAAUCACUAGGGCCUUUGUCUUCGUGUUCAUUGCAUCACUUGGGUUCACAUACUACUUGGCUUUCGAGUUCUUCCACAGUGUCAUUGAGACUGCUCCAGCAGAUGGAAAGAAGAAAGAUGAGUAG